AUGGCGUCCGCUUCGAAGCUGCUCCCCAUGCUCGAGAGUGGCACGAUCCUGAGAGACCGGUACUGCAUCACGACGCGGUUCGGUUCGGGAUCCUUCGGUGCUGUAUACGGCGCGGAGCACACAACGGACCGCGAGGAAACCAAGUUCGCCGUCAAGGUUAUAGGCAUUCCCCGCGGCGAAGACGGCCAGCUCAAACUCAAGCGGAUUCACGCGGAACUCAACAACCAUAGCCGAGUCUCUGACGUCUCCAACGUCAUCAACGUCUACGAGACUUGGGUAGACCUCGAUGUGGGGUACUGCCAGGACAAGGGCGUUUAUCACCGCGACCUCAAGCCCGAGAAUAUCCUUGUGAACGCGAACGGCACUGAGGUCUAUCUCACGGAUUUUGGACUAUCAACCACUAUCGACGUCACUCGUGAGCACGGCAGAGGAACUCGCAGUCACAUGAGUCCCGAGUGCCACGGCCGCCUCACGAACUUUGCGCCCUACCCCGCGAAACCCGAAGAAGAAGACCGUGACUUCAAGGAGUUCCUGGAGUGUCCUUCUGCAUACCUGCUGGACUACCUUCCCAUCACCGAAGAGCUCCAUGACAUCCUCCUGUGGAUACUCGAGAUAGACCCCGACCAGCGCCCCACGUUAACUCAGCUUCGCACAGCGAUCCUCAGGGUCGAACAAUUCUAUGACCCCGAUCACGACCUGUCUGACGAGAACAGGCCGGACUCUGGCGAAAGCGACUCGCCAACCUCUGCGUCCUCCUCACGGAGCCUCCACCAUUUCCCUCCCCCAUUCCCGGAGUACGUGACUCCCAGCCCUCGCCACCUUCCCGCACCGUUCUCGGCGCGCGCGUCUCGUCGGUCUAGCCGUCCGCCUCCCCCGUCCCCGGAGUACGCGUCCCCGAGCCCGCGCCACCGCCCGGCGCCAUUCCAAGGCCCCGUCGAGACGGCCGCCUCCCUCACGCCGCGGGAACACCAACCAUUUAUCACCCACGUGAACCUCCAGCAGUUCGGUCAAGGGGAACGGAGGAGGAAGGACACUAAGGACAAGAUGACGUGGCAGCAGAAGAUGAUGUUCGCGGGCACAAUCGGGCGGAGGAAGUUCUGA